AGAGUCGUUAGACACAGGAGCAGAUGUACAGGGCGUGCUUGACUCAUACUCAAGGUUGCAUAAGAAACAUUAUUUCCUUCUUCUGCACACCAAGUUUCUACCUCCGGAUCUCUUUGGUUCAGUUGCUGGGAAGCCUGACGCUCCAGGGCCACUUGGGAGAAGCCAUCCACUGGGCGGAGGAAGAUGGGUGACAACGACACGCUUGCCCUGUUCAGCUACCCCAUGCUGUCCACACCCCAGUCUCUGUUCACAACCGGCCACCAGGGGGGCAACGAGGAACCCACCACCAAUUACGACUAUGAUUACAGCGCACCGUGCCAGAAAACCGACGUGAGGCAGAACGCGGUCCGGCUCCUGCCUCCGCUCUACUCACUCGUGUUCAUUUCCGGCUUCGUGGGCAACCUGCUGGUCGUCCUCAUCCUCAUCAACUGCAAAAAGCUGAGGGGCAUGACUGACGUCUACCUGCUCAACCUGGCCAUCUCCGACCUGCUCUUCCUUUUCACCCUCCCCUUCUGGGCCCACUAUGCCGCCAACGGGUGGGUCUUCGGGGAUGUGAUGUGUAAGACGGUCACCGGGCUCUAUCACGUCGGGUACUUUGGCGGAAACUUCUUCAUCAUCCUCCUGACCGUCGAUAGGUACCUGGCUAUCGUCCACGCUGUGUUCGCUUUAAAGGCCAGGACGGUCACCUUUGGGGCGGUGACAAGCGCGGUCACCUGGGCGGCGGCCGUGGUCGCCUCUCUGCCGGGGUGUGUCUUUAACAAGUUGCAGUGGGAAGACUCUUUUUACUCCUCGCCCUUCUUUCCACCAGGAUAAGACUUCCACGCAGUCACGAGGAGCGUCUUGGGCCUGGUCCUGCUGCUCGUCAUGAUCGUCUGCUACUCGGCCAUCCUCAGGACCCUGUUCCGGUGUCGGAACGAGAAGAAGAAGCACAGGGCCGUGAAGCUCAUUUUCGUGAUCAUGAUCGUUUACUUUCUCUUCUGGGCCCCCAACAACAUCGUCCUCCUGCUGAGCACCUUCCCGGAGUCCUUUAACGUGAGUGACUGCCAGAGCACCAGUCAGCUGGACCAAGCCAUGCAGGUGACGGAGACCCUGGGAAUGACGCACUGUUGCAUCAACCCCAUCAUCUACGCCUUCGUCGGGGAGAAGUUCAGAAGGCAUCUCUCCGUGUUCUUCCGAAAGCACAUCGCCAAGCAUCUCUGCAAACAGUGCCCGGUCUUCUACGGGGAGACCGCGGAUCGAGUGAGUUCCACAUACACGCCUUCCACAGGCGAGCAGGAGGUGUCCGCGGGCUUGUAAAUGAGUAACGGUUUGCCUCCGACCGUCAAGGGGGGGGGACGGAAAACUGCAUGUGAUUAAAAGGCUUCGGGGGUCCAUUGGAGAAGGGAGGCCCGUGAGCCUCUCAGGCGAAAUGCGCACGGGAAGCUCAGGGUCGGACUCACCAAGACAGACUUCGUCCCUCCCUGUGCGGCCAACGGGGCGCUCAGGGAAUGUUCCAGAACAACUGCGGGUGCAGACCGUGACUCUCCAAAGAGCUCCUCCCCAGUUCCUGGAAACGCCACCAUCUGGAGAAUGCCUAUGCCCCUCUCCCAGCCUUUCACCUGCGCCUCACUCGCCCCGCAGUGCUCUCUCUCUGGUCAGGGGCCCAGCUGGAGGCAGGGAGGGGACUGAGCAGGUGCAGGGGGCUGGCGUGUGGGGUCCUGCCGUGCCAGGAGGAGGGAGCUGCGGGCAUGGCUGAGCCUGGGUGAGGAGGAAGGUUUCAGCAGCAUCGUCCCCAGCCCCGCCUGGAAGGCCUCCCCCCACCCGCCAACCCCCGGGUCCCAGAGCCUGGGAACCAUAACUCUCGGAGAGUUUACUUUGGGUCCAAUCAUCCUCUCCGGUGCAAGCGCGGGACACGUUUUUGCUUCCUUGUGAUUUAUCUGCGAUAACCACGCACCCUACGCCUGAAAUCUAGCAAACCCCAUGCCCCGUUGUUCACACGCGUCUCACAUGCCACCUCCCCCGAUGUAAAAAUGUAAGAACGUUCUUGGUUAAUAAAAUACGCGUAAUCUAUAAUGAGAUGAAAAAAUAAGAGCCCUCGACGGGUCGUAACCAGGGAAAGGCGGGCGGUGGGGGAGGGGGGUGCAGGUAGUGAUGAUAGGAAGGAGUGAAGGCUUAGUUCCUGCAUCAGAAGCUCAGGAGGGUGUGUGAGGCCACUGCCCCAGCGGUCUUUUCCAGAAUCGGAGGCCAGGAAGGCCAGGAAGGAGGCAUCAGAACCCAUAGAGGCCUCAUGUCUUUGGAUCUUGCUGCCUGUCCCUGCUUCCUGCUGCCGUAGCCCCUUCUGCCGCCCUCCCCCAGGCCUCAUCGCAUCACUGGUGCCCAGAGGAUUGCCCGGCCCCCAGGAGAGUUAGCCGUGGGGAGUAGAAAACGGUGCACCCAGAACUCCUCAGUGGGCCCGCGAGAUAGGGAGCGACAGGUGUGGGCCCCGGGGUGUGUCGCCGGGACAGAGAAGGGGCCCGGCAGACGUGACAGAGGCCCUGCCUUGGACGUCACAGGCGGCCUGUGAACGUCAGGGUCUAACCCACCAGGCAGGGUGGAAGACUCUAGAAGGGCUGGGGAAAAGCGUUUUUGCAAACUACCUUCCAGGGCCUCAUUUUUGGAUACAGGCGUAGAGUUCAGAUACGUAAAAAAAAAUAAAUAAAACUCAUCGUCAUCAUCAUCACCCUCGAGUAAAAAUAGAAGUAAACCUAAAACUACAACUUGUAAAUGGGGCAAAGCGUCAUUUGAAGAGUUGCUCUUAGGUCAAGUCUGAAAAUACCGUAUUAGUCACCGAAAUCUGGCUUUGAGCUUAAAAUGUCGGAGCGCGGGAUGCUGGGAACACUACCAGUGCAGCAUAAAUAGUGUCGAUCGGGGAGUCGGGUCUGUGAUCUGCCUAGUGAUUGGUGUCUAACUAGUAUCAUGGGGAUCACAGCACAUACUCCACAACUGCCAUCCCAACUGCGUCUUUAUUCUCCCGGACUCACUGCCAGACAUCUCUUUUGUGUCCUCGCGCAGCCCGGGACGUCAGGGGUUUGAUGCUGUUUGGACGCUUCGGUGCUUUGUGGAUAUCCUCAUUGAGGCUCAGACUGUCCUGUUUGGAUUGGGAGCUCCUACAUCGCACGGAGCCCUAACCAAACGUUGAAACCCAAUUUGUAAAGGAGGGGCGUUGGGUCACUUAAGGAAGCAAAGACUUUUAUCUCGGCGGAGCCAAGUGAAAAAACAGCCAUGCGGGGACCCAGUGCAUUUCGGGUCUGGUGCAAGCAGGAAACACGGGGCUUCUGGAACCUGGCAACUCGGGAGCUGGAAGUUACUCUGCUUCUGCUUUCCUGCUUCACAGCCAGAGAAGGCUCUGGAAAGAAGCGUGUGUGUUUGGAGAGGGGAGUGCAUGCUUCACCUUCAGGUACUUGUAUCAUCUGAAUGAAUGCGUGAAAUUUUGUUGUGGCGAUGAGAUGGAAAUAUUGGGGUUUUUUAAAGCUAUGAUUUGGAAAAUGAAUCAAUGCUCGCACUAUGUUGUUUUU